GGUUAACCGUCGAUACAUACUAACCGGGUGAAACAAGGAACAAUUUCAAUGGUCUUCGAAGUUUCUGGAGUGCUAGCCUCGGUAGCACAUACUAAAAUUGGAACGAUAUAUAGAUCAAAUUAUGCCUGCGUAUUAUACUGUUUUGUUAAGUUGAAAGUAAUAAGCAUGCGUUGUACUUAAUCUCAUCGUUGUUCUUUUAAAUAUUUUCUUAUUCAUAGGCGGUUGUUUUGUUCUUAAUCAAUCAGCAAUCACCUGUUUCGACUUAAUUCUCAGUGAACAGUUUCCGAUCUCAAUGGAGCAUUCUGACCGGCAAGCAUCAUCUACGUCUAAUGACCAAAAACUGACAAACGGAGUCGCAAAGCUUAGCUUGACUGGCAGUUCAAAAAGCCAUCAAAAGGGCAGUAGCCAUCACCCGCCAACUAGAGUUCAGAGAUCCCUGGAAUUGGAUCCAGAAACGGGGGAUUUCGUGUUACCUCACGGAGAAAGAUAUGGCAAUCUGGAAAAACUAACUGACACUUACCGUGAUAUUCUUACAGGAUUGGGCGAGAACCCAGAUCGUGAGGGGCUGCUGGACACUCCGAAGAGGGCGGCAAAAGCAUUGCUAUACUUCACGAAGGGAUACGAGGAGGAUGCAGCUGACAUCAUGCGAAGUGCUCUCUUCAACGAGGACCACGACGACAUGGUCAUUGUCAAGGACAUCAACAUAUUCUCCCUCUGUGAACAUCACCUCGUCCCCUUCUUCGGAACAUGCUCUAUAGGUUAUCUUCCUAACAAGAAAGUGGUUGGCAUUAGCAAGCUAGCGCGGGUAGUAGAGACCUACAGCAGGCGUCUUCAGGUACAGGAGAGACUGACCAAGCAAAUAGCCCAUGCAGUCACUGAGGCACUUGAACCGGCGGGGGUGGGGGUCAUCAUUAAGUGCAGUCACAUGUGCAUGGUGAUGAGGGGGGUGGAGAAACCAGGCAGCUCUACAGUCACAAGUGUCAUGCUGGGCGAAUUCAGAGACAACCAAAAAACGAGGGAGGAGUUUUUAGCCCUCAUAAAAAACUAGUCUGGGAGCUGCUGACGAAUAGUUCCUGCUUUUAUUUGACAGGACUGGCCAAAUAACAAAAUGCUUCUGAUAUUUUUUCCAAACGUAAUUCAUGGCGUGUUAAUUAUCGAAAAUAUCCAUUAUCAAUUAUGUAUGAAUAUGAAUUUGAUAUAAUUCU